AACGAGCUGUUUUCGAAAAUAAACAGUACGAAAGACGUACAUGAAUGAAAACGUCAACGCUUUGUCGAAAAUUUAAUUGUCUUUUAAAAACCCUGUGUGAAUUACGAACACGUAAUAAGAGUUUGUAUCAAUAUCUGACGGGGGCUCAUCUUAUACCUUAUUGUACCUUAAUCGCAUCAGUUCGGCUGUAUACUAGUAUCCCCGACAUUGCCGAUAGCUGCCAGAGAAAACAUUAUUGAAUUGGACAUACGCAAACAGUAACAAAAUUUUAAUUUGCAAUACACGAAACCCUCGAGAUUACGGGGUUUUUCGUUGUCUGUCUCAUAUUUUCAUUGCAAUCAUUUGGGCUUGAGACUUGCUCACGAAUUGCUACACAAUUUUGUUUGGUUCUUCGCUUAAUUUAGGGGUCCUUAUUAUUGCGUUCAUUUUAUGGUUGCUUGGCGCCGUAAACCUUUGCCGCAAUCUCCAAUUGCUCAAGAAGAAGAGCGUGUUGGUCUCAGAGUUGUAUCACCUAGUGCCGCAGAGAAAUCGGCUAACUCUCGCAAUAGUUUUGACCUAGCAGAUUACUAUGCUGAUGGAACCGAGAAACGGAAUGGCGAGGAAUUCGCUUUCGACUUGGAUGAUUACUUGCACGAUGAAGCAGACGGUUCAGAAGCAUACAUACCAUUUGAAGGUAUCACGGCACAGCCGUACUGGGAUGAAGAUGGAAUUUAUGAUGUCUCCCGUACGGCUGCCGCUGUAAACACUUUCAAAGAAAAGUUGCGAAAAAGCAGUAUGCGAAGAAAAACAGUUCGUUGUGUCGAAUUGUUUCGAGGCAAUUUGGUCCUCGAUUGUCCCGUACCGCAGAAGCUUCUUGUCACAUUGCCGCAACAAACCGACCGGGAAUUCACGCAUAUGCGCUACACGGCUGCGACAUGUGAUCCAGUGGAUUUUGUUUCUAAUCAAUUCACUCUUCGACAGCCGCUGUAUUCGCAACCGCGAAAGACUGAGCUAUGUAUCGCCAUUACUAUGUACAAUGAGGACGAGGGCCUCUUUGCAAGGACCCUGCACAGCAUUAUGAAAAACAUUUCACACCUUUGCCGACGCUCUCGUUCGUCUGUCUGGGGCGAGGAAGCAUGGAAAAAGGUGGUAGUGUGUAUUAUCUCUGAUGGAAGAACAAAAAUCCAUCCUCGGACACUUGCUUACCUAGCUGCUAUUGGCGUUUACCAGGACGGAAUUGCAAAAAAUGCAGUCAAUAACAAACCAGUGACCGCUCAUAUAUAUGAGUACACUACUCAACUUUCCAUUGAUCCCAGUCUGAAGUUUAAGGGUUUCGAGCGCGGCAUUAUGCCUGCUCAGAUUAUCUUCUGUCUGAAAGAAAAGAAUCAGAAAAAAAUUAACUCACACCGCUGGUUUUUUCAAGCUUUCUCCCAAAUUUUGCAACCUAAUAUAUGUGUUCUUAUAGAUGCCGGAACACGCCCGGGUGAUGAAUCAAUAUACCACCUAUGGAAAGCAUUUGAUCUGGACCCGAAAAUUGCUGGAGCAUGCGGAGAAAUUGUCGCAAUGAAAGGACGUGGUGGGGCUAACUUGCUGAAUCCUCUUGUGGCUGCUCAAAAUUUCGAAUACAAAAUGAGUAAUAUUCUUGAUAAACCUCUGGAAAGUGUUUUCGGUUUUAUUAGUGUUCUUCCAGGCGCUUUCAGUGCGUACCGUUACGUGGCUCUGCAAAACGAUGCCUACGGAAAUGGGCCCCUUGCAAGUUAUUUUAAAGGCGAAAUUCAACAGGGUCGCGGCUCCGGUAUUUUCGAAGCGAACAUGUAUUUGGCUGAAGACAGAAUUCUCUGUUUUGAACUCAUCUCUAAACGUUCUGAAGCUUGGAAAUUGCACUACGUAAAGUCGGCUUAUGCGGAUACAGAUGUUCCUGAUCGCUUACCUGAGUUUAUUUCUCAGCGUCGAAGAUGGCUCAAUGGCAGUUUUUUCACAGGCUUAUAUGCCGUUUUUCACAAUUAUAAAAUAUUUCGCAGUGCGCACAGUCCAUAUCGCAAGUUUUUUCUUGGCGUCGAAGCAUUUUACCAGUUUCUUACAAUGCUCUACAGUUGGUUCAACUUGGCUAACUUCUAUAUUAUAUUUUACAUUCUCGCUAACAGUGUUGCGCAAAGUGCCGCGGAUUUCGCUCCAGGGGCGGUACUAUUCCGUGUGACGACAUGGAUAUAUACUUGUCUUCUGAUUGCCUGUUUUGUUCUGGCCUUGGGAAAUCGGCCUCAAGGUUCAGCAACGCUGUAUGGUAUAAUUGUUUUAUGCUAUGCAUUAUUAAUGUGUUAUUUACUUUUCUGUACAAUAUGGCUAUCUUUUAAAGGAAUAACAGCAGCAAUUAUAUCGGCUCAAGCAUCCUCUAUGCCAUACGGAAAAGCGCUUCUGAAAAAUACAUUUUUUGUCAAUCUCUUGCUCUCAAUGGGAUCGACGUAUGGCAUGUAUUUUAUCGUGUCUCUUAUUAGUUUGGACCCGUGGCACAUGUUUACAUCAUUUAUACAGUAUUUACUGUUAUCACCAAUGUAUACAAAUUUGUUGAAUGUGUACGCAUUUUGCAAUACUCACGAUGUUUCGUGGGGGACAAAAGGUGACAAUGUCAUGAACACAGACUUGGGUGUAGCAACAGCAGGACCUGGUGGAAAAGACGUUGAGCUGGCCAUUCCAACAAAGGAAGCUGAUAUUGAUGCUGCAUAUGAACAUGCAGUUCAGCUUCUCGCACAACGGCCCUUAAAAACUAACCCCGGUGUCAAUGCCAAACAGAAGCAGGAGGACUACUAUAAAAAUAUUAGAACGUACGUCGUCCUUUGCUGGAUAUUUUCAAAUUUGGCAUUGGCCGGUUUUAUUCUAAGUUUUCAAUCGACAAACUCUAUGUCGGUAGAAAAUAAUACAACAAGUGUAUAUUUACAAUUCAUCCUCUGGAGUGUUGUCGCAUUAUCGGCAUUUCGUUUCUUCGGCAGCCUGGCUUAUUUAAUAAUUCGAGUCUUUCAAGGGGAAUGAAACAGCCGAAUUUCCAAUAGCACAUCCUGCUUCACUCUUUUACGUUUCUUGAAAUUAAAACUGUAUCCAUUAUUUUCGCGGUUUCCAUGUCCGUUGUCUUUAAUUCGUUCUUCUUGCGUUCUUUUUUGUGUUUAUCCCUACCCUGGACUAAAAGUACAUCCUCAUUUUCUCCAUUAUUGACUAUUCUGCAUCAUUAUUCAACGUUUAACCGUCAAAUAUGAAUUAAAAACUUAGACCAAGUGCAUAUUGCAAAGUAAUAAUCGUUGGGCACUAUCAUAACUCCAAAAAUUGAAAUCGAAUGUAUUCAUUAAAGUAAAUUACACAGGCAUGGUCUGCUCAUUAUGUACACAUGCAUCAUAUUAGUCCAUGAUGGGGGCGUUGAAUAAUUUUCCAAUAAAAGAAGUUGCAGCCAUUGUUGCUGCACCCCAACAAACAACACGGAGAGAGGCACGAAGGGGUUUAGCGUUUCCUGCCUUGGCACCAACCACGCCAAGAACAGCUAACUCAAUGAGAGAUGUGAUGGACAAAACCCAGUGCAGCAUACUCAAAGGAACCAGUAAAACAACUAGGACGGGAACAAUUCCUCCCAAGGAAAACGAAAGUGCAGAAGCUAUGGCUGCUUGGAAAGGUUUGGCCGCAGUAAGUUCAGAGAUAUUGAGUUCGUCACGAGCAUGAGCUUCAAGAGCAUUAUGUUCCAUUAAACGCGUAGCAACCUCACGAGCUAGUGGUUUUUCUAAGCCCCGAUUCAUAUAGAUUCGAGUUAACUCAUUAACCUCUGCAUCCCAAUCCUGUAAUAGCUCUUGUUGUUCCAAAUGCAAUUCAGCAGACUCGCUGUCUGAUUGCGAAGAUACCGAAACAUAUUCACCGGCACCCAUGGACAUGGCGCCUGCAAUUAGUCCAGAGAUACCUGUUACCAGAACAAUAUUUCGAGAUGGAUUAGAAGCAAUGACACCCACAAGUAAACUUGAAGUCGAAAGAAUACCGUCGUUGGCACCCAGCACCAUUGCUCGCAACCAACCGAGACGACCAAUUUUGUGGCGUUCAACUGGUUCGGAAUGUGCCAUUCUUAAGUUAGGCAAAAUAUUAAGAAAAAGGAAACCCAAAUUAUUGCCAAGUUUUUUUUUAGCGUAAAAGCCUAGGAACAGAAUUCUGUCUUUAAUAAAUAGACCCGUAAGAAACACGAAAUUUAUAGACAAU